AUGGCUACAUCAUCCUUGAACGAGGUACAAAUACUGGAGCAUGCCAUUGCGCGACCGGCCCCGGGUAGCUUUACCUCGGUGGCUGACGCUAUGGGCUUUGGUCAGCGCUCUGCUGAGUUCAGCGAGUUCACUUCUGGACUUCGGGGUUUAUCAUCAAAAUAUCUGAAUGGGAAGUUGAAUUACAGGGAGCAGAAUCCAGAUGCCUGGCAGCAAUUCUUUGAUGAGGCCUGUAAACUGUUUCCAUUCGUGACCCAAUAUGCCGAUGCAUGGCCCAUUAAUGCAUACAUGCAAUCACGCCUGGAGCGCACGAAAUAUGAGUAUCGCAUCAGUGCGAAGGUGAAACACCGCAGUCGUCACCAAGCCAGGAUGCAGCCCUACACCCACACUCGAAACACUUCUUCGUGCCUGGAGAGCAUUCAAAGUGGAAGAGUGGACAAGAAUAAUCACUCUGGUUUGGCAGUGAGUCCUGUAACAACAAAUGGCAAUCAAAUACAAUCACCUGUCAGCGGCACUCAAACUCAUCAAUCUGGCACCAACUCUAACUUAGUAUCCAACUUUAUAAUGGACAAUUCACAGAACACCGGCACCAAGCUUCUGGGUGCCACUCAAGAUGUCACAGAAUUCCUGAGAACUGUUCACCCAAACCUCGAAAAUCUCACCCGGAUGUUUCUUCAAGCCGGUGUUGUGGAUGCAGAGUGUGUUCAAGCCCUUGCAGAGAUGCCUGACAGCGAGAAAAAUGCAUUCUUGAGAGAAACUCUAGAACUUAACCCUUUCCAGGUUCAUGCUGUCCGUGUUGCUCUUGCUAAGAGAAUCAAGGACAUUUUACCUGACUUCAGGCAGAUCUUGUCACUUACCUAUGCAAUCAAUGUAGGAAUUGCAAACCAUUCCCAGCGCAGAACAUGA